AAGAACAAGAUGUAGUAUUAUUUUGGGUAAAAUACACAUGCAUUCAGCAACUUAAUUAAAAAAAAAAAUCAAACGUUAAUUAUUUUAAAAGGUUACCGAUACUAGAAUGUUGGAAACUGUAAACGCACAACCUCGCGAUCUGAAAAAGCUUUGACGUGGUCUGCACUCCUCACUGGCAUGCUAAGAAGAGUUUCGGCAAAAGUGUCUGCGAUUUGUAGGAAAGGAAACAUUACCCAACUUGAUCCAAAGUUAAUAAUGUCUCGCCAGCUACAUGCUCGCCGAAUUGAAGGGGUCGACAAAAAUAUUUGGGUUGAAUUCACACAGCUGGCCGCUGACUACCAGGUGGUGAAUCUAGGACAGGGAUUUCCUGACUUCUCUCCUCCUAGCUACAUCCAAGAGGCAUUCUGCAAAGCGGUUAACGGAGGAUGCUCAAUGCAUCAGUACACACGCGCUUUUGGCCACCCUCCUCUUGUGACAAUCCUGGCUAAAUUCUUCAGUAAAGUCGUGGGACAUGAUAUUGAUGCUUUUGAGGACAUCUUGGUUACAGUGGGGGCCUAUCAGGCUCUGUUCUGCACCUUCCAAGCCCUUGUCAAUGAAGGGGAUGAGGUUAUCAUUAUUGAGCCUUUUUUUGACUGCUAUCAACCAAUGGUGAAGAUGGCAGGAGGAAAGGCUGUCUAUGUGCCACUGAGACCAAGAUUUGAAGGGGGCAAGGCUCUGACAAGUGCAGAUUGGGUCCUAUCGUCUGAGGAGCUGGCCAGUAAAUUCAACUCGCGCACCAAAGCCAUUGUUAUCAACACUCCCAAUAAUCCACUGGGCAAGGUAUAUAAGCGGGAGGAGCUUCAGUUGAUUGCAGACCUGUGUAUUAAGCAUGACGUGGUGUGCAUUAGCGAUGAGGUGUACGAGUGGCUGACCUACGAUGGUGCCAAGCAUGUGAAGAUUGCCAGUCUUCCUGGAAUGUGGGAGCGGACUGUUACGAUAGGCAGUGGAGGAAAAACCUUUAGUGCUACAGGAUGGAAGGUUGGCUGGGCUAUUGGAGCAGGGCAUAUUCUGAAGCACCUGAAGACCGUCCAUCAGAACUCUGUGUAUCACUGUGCCACAGCUGCACAGGAGGCGGUGGCCGUGGGGUUCCAAAGGGAAUAUGAACAUUUUGGGACGCCAGAGAGCUACUUCCUGCAGCUGCCUGAGAGGCUGCAACAUAAGAGGGAGAAGCUGGCUGCCUGUCUGGAGAGUGUAGGCCUGCAGCCUGUCCUGCCUGAGGGAGGCUACUUCAUGAUAGCGGACAUCUCAUCCGUCAAGGUUGACUUGAACGAUCCAAGCACUCAGGGUGAACCUUAUGACUAUCGAUUUGUCAAGUGGCUCAUUAAAGAGAAGGGUUUGGCCACAAUCCCUGUGUCCGCUUUCUAUAGUCCUGAGCACAGCAAAGACUUUGAAAACUACAUUCGGUUCUGCUUUGUGAAGGAGGACUCAACGUUAAGCUCUGCUGAAGCUAUCCUGAGAAACUGGAGCAAUGGAAAAUGAAAAUAAUUACAUUAUUAAUGACACCUAACAAAAAGUGAAAUGUUUAGGCAGAGCUUCUGUUGCACAAAUUCAGGUACAUAGUUGUCUUGAACAUUUUAGGACAGCCAUAUGAGCCAAUUAUUAGCACAAAUCUAGCCCCAUUAUACAAAGCUAUCCCCGUCUAUGUCUAAAUCCAAAAUGUUGUUGAUUGGAAGUGUUAUUCUUGUUUAAAUCCGUCCUGAUUUAGCAGUUACUGUAAUUAAACACGUCCUCAUUAAGGUGAUAACGUGGUCUGGCUGACACCAGCUCUGUCCUUGCUAAUCCCUGUGUAGUCAUGGGACAAGUCAGUGAGGCAUGUGAUCACCAUGUAAAGUGCACUAACAUUUUAGCAGAUGACUCUUGAUUUCCGCAUUCUUGUUUAACAUCAUUUAAAUUAGGUCAGUGCAAUUCAUUUUGUAUUAUCAACUGUCUGCUGUACUCCUUAGUGAGUCCCAGUGUGUAAUUGCAAAGUGUAUGUGUUAAAUUAAAUAAAUAUAAAGCAGCUUA